UACAUAUCUCAACCAGCUUCAAAAAUAGAGGAUAUAUGUACAUUAGAGACAAUUCCAGAAGACAUAUUUGAUCCUGUUCCAAGCACGGUUUUAGAGUAUGACUUAUCCGUUAGGAUCAACAAAAGACAAGAAAAUAAACAAAUACUAGAGGAGGAGUGUCCCAUGUCCACUGUAUCAAGUACAUCCACCGUAACGGUUACUGUGAGCAAAACAGAAGGGGCAGUGUCAGAUUCAGGACCUCUGUUAAUGUCACAAUCACAGGGAAAGAUCAACACAUCGGAUACAGAGGGCUUAUUAGAACAAUUGCCAAAUACAAUGGAUAUAUCCAGAUCAGUGUCGAUUACAGAAGACACAUCUUCUUGCAUGCCAAUUACCUGUGUGGAGUCCGACAUCUUUAUCAAGAUCAACAAAAGACAAGAACCCCAGGAAACAAUUGGGGUGGAAUCGCCAAUGUCUGUGCCAUCAUGUUCAUCCACAAUAUCAGUGAUUAUGAACAAAACAGAGGAAAUAUCGGCUUCAGUGUCAUUGCCACAAUCACAUAAAGAGAUCCAUGUGUCUGAUAUGGAGGACAAAUAUAUAUUGUCAUCGUUACAUGAAGGGCUCCUCUCACCUGAACCAAUAUCAAACACAGGAGACAUAUCUGAACUUGUUCCAAAUGGCCAAAUUGCAGAAGACGUAGUCCUCCCUGGCCCACUUAGUUAUGUAGAGUCAGACAUUGUCAUCAAAAUCAAUACAUGCCAAGAAGCAGCACGAGAGGAUUCGUCUACUGUGUCAGUCGUUGUGACCAAAACAGAUGGGCUGGAAUCACAUGAAGAGAUCCAUAUAUCAGGUACAGAGAAUAUAUUGACAGUGGUGUCAUCAAAUGACAAGAGCCUGUCAUUUAGUACAGAAACUAUAUCAGGUCGAGUAACAAAUACACAGGAGGACACAUUGGCACGAGUCACAAAUAUACACGACCCAUCUGGAGCAGUGUCACAAUCACAUGAAGACAUCACUACAUCUGACACAGAGUAUAUAUCUGAACCAGUGCUAAUUGCGCAAGACAUAUCCACUUCUGUCACAAAUACCUGUGCAGAGCCUGACAUUUUUAUAAAGCUGAGUACAAUACAAGAAACAGCAAGAGAGGACUCUCCUUUGUCAACUGUAUCAAGUCUGUCACUUACUGUGAGCAAAACAGAAUCUGGACCAGCGUUGUCGCAAUCACAUGGAGAAGUCCAUGUAUCUAAUGCGGAGGAUGUAUCCAAACGAUUACAUGGAGAGAUACAAUUAUCUAAUAUAGAUGGUAUAUCUGAACAACCAAAUACAGAAGGGAUAUGUGAACUGCAGAGAGAGAUCACAGCCUCUGAUACAAUGAUUAUAUCGGAACAAAUACCAAGUACCUCGCUAGAGUAUGACUUCUCUAUAAAGAUCAACCAAAUCCAAGAGACCCAAGAAACUGUAGCAGUAGUUGAGUCUCCAUCAUACACAGUGUCAAGUUCCAUCUCUCUAUCAGUCACCAUGAAUGACACAGAGGAAAUGUCAAUCCCAGCACAAUUUUCAUUGGUAGAAUAUGAUGUUAUGAUAAAAAUUGACAAUACUGAGACUCCAGCUGAGGAAUAUCCUAUGUCAACUGUGUCAAGUUCUUCCACUGUAUUAGUCAGUUUGUCAAAUACAGAAGAAACGUCAGGAUUGGUGUCACAUCGAGAAGUUCAGGUACCUGAUUGGGAUGAAUUAUCUACUGUGCCAUCACCCAUAGAGGUAAAACCUGAAAAAGUGCCAUCACCACCCACAGAAAUCAUUGAACCAAUUAUAGAGGAGAUAUCUGUACAAGAAACUCCAGUGUCUGAUACAGAAGAUUCGGUUCCAUCACCGGAGAAAGAGACUGUUGCGGUUGAGCCAGAAGACUUAACUGUGGCAUCAGAAGACAGCAAGAGCGGUUCAUCUGAACACCUAUCAGAGCAAAAUACAGACGAUAUACCUUGCCCAGUGCUAUCUCCACAUGGAGAGAUCACUUUAUCUGAUACAGAAGAUUUGUCUGAACUCGAAAAAGACAUCACAGAGUCUGAUAAAGAGGAAACGGAGACUGUUCCAUCCCCACUUGAAGAAACUCUGGAUGUUCCAGUGGAACCAGUACCUUCACCUCAGGAAGAAGAAAAUGAGGAGUCUGAUGGAGAGGUCAUAGUUGAGCCAGUGGAGUCAGAGGAUGAAGUGAUCCCUGUACUUGAUGAACCUGAACCAGAGCCUGAACCGGAACCUGAACCGGAGCCUGAACCAGAGCCUGAACCAGAGCCGGAACCAGAGCCGGAACCAGAGCCGGAACCAGAGCCUGAACCAGAGCCUGAACCAGAGCCCGAACCAGAGCCCGAACCAGAGCCUGAACCGGAGCCCGAACCAGAGCCCGAACCAGAGCCCAUACCAUACAGAGAAAGCCCUGAACCAGUAUCAGAUACUGAGGUACUAUCAACAUCACCCAGUGAACCGCCAUUCAAAGAUGCUGCCACAUCAACUUCAUUGCCAGAUAUAGACGAUAUAUCUACAGCAUUUCCAGUGUCACCACCUCUUGAAGACAUCGAAAAACCACAGAUUGAAGAGAUUCCCAAAGAUCCAAAAUUAACUCAAGACUCUGUAAAAUCAGUCAUCCCCCCUAUCCUAGGUAAAUCUGAGGGGCAUAAAAUGAAGAAACUCUCAAAGGAUGAAAGGAAAGGACCCCAGCCUAAACAGCUACGGCGGCUCUCACCUAUCCCACAGAAAGAUGGUUCUCAGGGACCAAAGAGCGGCUUGGACAAAAAAAAAACGAUAUUGUCUAAGUCAAAGCCAGUGCUUUCACCUAUAAAAUCAUGUGGUGAAUCAGUGUCAAAAUCAAAAGGGAUACAGACCAGUUUAUUGCCUGACACACAGAAAGCAAAGCUUUCGCCCAUUUCUCACAAAACACCAAAAUCAAAGGCUGCCCGUGGUGAUUUCUUAAAAGAGGAAAGCAAAGGUUUCCAGACCCAUAAACAGCGAAUGCUUCCACCGAUUGUGUCUCAAAAACCUAAGGGAAGAAUAUCAUCUAGAAGAGAGAAGCAAUCACCGGAAAAAAAACUGGAGCCCAUCAGAAUUAAUUCAGGCCUUCCAAGCAGUCGGGCACCCUACAAGCCAAGGGGAGGAAUGAUUGUAGACCGAGAACUCAUGCCACUGAGAUUUAAAGCAGAGAUUGAGAAGAACACUUUAUUGGACUUUGCUGAAAGUAGGAAAGCUAAUUUGCCAGAGAUGAAAAAAACGAUAAAAAUUGCACAGGACUCUCUUGAGUCGUCUACGGUUUUAUGCCCAAAUUGUGGACAUAAUGCCUCCCUAAUUAGAUGCAGACAUAAGGCAUUAAAAUGUGACUCUUGGAAUCCAUUUUUAGGGACCUAAUAUGAAUUCUCCUGCGUGCUCUCUUUGACCGAAACUGGCCAAACAUGCGCGUGGAAGUUCCCUCGCCAUGACGAUUUGUCAGCAGACUUCAGUUUUUUCAAGCUGAACACCUUCAUUACUGACUCUGUCUGGUUCGCAGCAUUGGAUCCCCUCCAAGGGUAUUGGCUCACAUUUUCACAAUCUACACAUGGGACUUUUGGUACAAAUCAAGCCUUGUCAACCAAAGAAAUGUUCUUGAUUGGACUGAUGUUGUAUAUGCGGAGAGAGAGCUAUGCACCGCUUUGCAAGGUGGUGGUAAGGGAAUCCCCGGAAGCUAAAAAUGAUGGAAAAUGUGUUGCAUUUCCAGACCAGCAUUCCACCAUUUUCUGCAGGCGGCAUUAGUGAAAGUGAUGUGAAAAUUCUCAUCUUACAGCUUCGUUGUCGUCUGGAUAACAAGUGGGGCUGACAUGGUCAAUCACUGUCGGCGUUAUCUAUAAGGGCUGACUCUACUUCUUUUGGAGGUCUGGUCCCUUUAAUCGUGUGUAAUUAGUUGAUCCAAACGGGGGAUCCAAUUUUUCGAAUGUCACCAUCUUUGAUGGUUCAGUAUGCUGGAGUACUGGCAUCGAAGCUAUAAAUGUUAACAGACUGAAACCGAUCUAUAGGGGUUGGGUAUGUGGUUGGGUUCCAGCUCAGCCACCAAUGUAUUUAAUCUCACUGUGUCAGUGAUCUGUAGAUUAAGUCAUUUCUGCCAAAUGCUGUCAGUUUUUCUUUGACAUAUCUACCUCUACCAGGACUGUUAAUGUCCUGUAACAUUUUAUGUUGCACAGUUGACAGCACUACUGUGGUGCUUUGGUAUUUUAAUGUGACGUCAUACAUUUUUGCAUUAUUGUUUCUUAUUUCUAUGAGAAUACAGUAUAUAUUUCCACUGGGGG